CGUGAGGGAUCGCCCGGGGCUGCGGGUGUUUCACAGCCACUUGGUGUGGGUGGGUUUGGUUCAUCACGCGUUGGGAUGCUGGAAGGUCAGCAAACCCGGGUUUUACUGGCAGUGCAGCCCGAGGGCUGGCUAAAGAUAACACCUACAAAGUGGAUUGGUUUCUGCUGCGGGAAGCACGGCAGUAAACCCAUUUUGAGUGUUAGGCGUUUCUUUGAAGGAAUUUUGUUACAAGAUAAAUAUCCUCUCCACUAUAAUUGUGUCUGCUCAGCACAUUCACAGCUGAAGGAUGCAAAUGCACCCACAGAUUCAGCCCACGGUGACGCCUCACUCCCCCAGGUUACCGUUUAGCACCCAGUCCGGACAGGAGUCUGUCUGACCUGUGAGGUUGGUCUUGUUGGUACCUGAUCAGGCACUGACAUUCCUGUGGCUGCCAGGUCACCUUUGCUUGGUGAAAUAAAACUACUGCUGCUUGGUUUGGGCUUUUUUGCAGAGCUCUAAUGAGGCUGUAUUGAAAAUGACAGUGUUGUUACUUAUUUGUCUAACUUAGCAUGGAAGAUGAAGGAGUAGCAAUUACACUGCCCUGUGUUAUUACUACCAGAUGAUUCUUAAACACUUGAACCUCAAAGGUUGUCACCUCUGUUUAGCUUUCUUACCGAUGACAAAUGGCUUUAAAAGCGCACCAGCUCAGUCCCACAUGUGCAGGCUCUGUCAGAAUUAAUGAGCACGAGGCUUGUUGGUGUGGUGAGGAAAACACAACUUCUGGAAGUGGUUUAUCCUUUGGGAUUUGAUAUUCUGUAGCAUUCUGUGGUCUUUUUUCUUUCCCCCUCUAUGCUGUGAUGUCUUUUCAUCACAUAGAAGAAGAGUAUCUUUAAAAUGUUUACAACUCAAAGGAGCUCUGUUGGAAGAGGCAAUAAUGGAAAAGUCAUCUCGCUUGUCAGCAGCUUUAUUUGGUGGGGACUGCGAAAUCAGCCAUGACCAGCUGUAUGAGCUGCUGAAGUAUGCGGCCUUGGGGAAGUGCCACAACGCAACACAGCCCAGCUGGUGCCGCAUUUAUCACCAAAGCCACCUGGCUGGGGUCGUGGUUAUUGUUCUGCAUGAAACGAGCCAACUCCAUUUCUACAAAUUCUAUUUGCAGUUCAAACACCUCAGAAAAGUGUUCCAGCAUAGAUUCACAUUAACACCUUCUGCCAACUUCCUAGCCAGCCUGUAUGGAGAAGGAGCAAACCUGGAGCCUCACAACACUGCACAAGGUUUGACUUCCCCUAGCAGUGACUGUAUUCCUAAAAGCUCAGAUUUGCAAUGUGAUCCCAUCAUUCGGAAGUACGGAGAAAAAAAACAAGGCCUUACUAGCUAUACUCUAACUUUAGAAGAGCAGAAAAAAAAUGACUAUCCCAUAAAAGGCUCCCCUAGAUGUAAGGGCUUUGUACAUACAGAGUGUGAUCAGCAGAGGACGGACAGCAGCCCCCUCUUUGGUCUGGAUUGUGAAAUGUGCCUGACUGCAAAAGGGAAUGAAGUCACCCGUGUCUCUUUGGUGGAUGCACAGGGUCGAUGCCUCUUGAAUGAACUCGUCAAACCUGAAAGCACAGUAGUGAACUACCGCACCAGAUUCUCAGGAAUCACAAAGAAAAUGCUUCUUCCAGUGAAAACAAAACUGUCAGACAUCCAAACCAGACUGAAACAAAUGCUUCCCCAUGACGCGGUACUGGUGGGUCAUUCUCUAAAUUCUGAUCUUCAGGCUUUGGAAAUGAUCCACCCCAGUGUUAUUGAUACUUCAUUGCUUUUUGCCAGAAAUGAAGGUCGAAGAUUUAAGUUAAAAUUUCUAGCCAAAGCUGUUUUAGGGAAGGAGAUUCAGUGUGAACAGAAGCUUGGGCAUGAUCCUGCAGAAGAUGCUAGAGCUGCAUUGGAAUUGGCUCAGUUCUUUAUUGCGCAAGGACCAGCAAAGGUAGCAGAACUAAACUUGGAGAUGCUUCUGACAGCUGAAAAACUGGCUGAGGUCUCACAGAACAAAGCUGCGUUACAGCCACAAGGAUGUAGGGUCCAGAAACAGCUGAAGGAGCCUCCACAUUUAUCCAAACCAUGUUUUUUAGACUGCUUGCAAGUGACUGGCCAAAAACCCCUCCUUUUGGGCGGACAGGAACUAGACUCUUCUGGCCUGUGUCAGAGUAACCUGAGCACUUCAAACAAACAGAUUCUUCAGAGAGCCUUAGAAGAUGUUCCCCUGUCCACGUUCAGUAUCAUUCAGUUUAGUUUGGGUCCAGAGUACAUUGCAUCUCACCUUCUUGCUGGACUUUGUGAAAAGGUGAGAAGCAAGCUCACUGACAUGCUGACAAUUUACGCAGGUCCUUUUGAAGAAAGCUUUUGCCUGAAGUCUGUGAAAAAAGAAUUCGGGAGGUGUGGACCAAUCCAAUCUCUCACAGUGGUGACGGAAACAUUCCAGCCCUAUGUCUGUAUCCGGUAUGAAGUGCUGGAAGGUGCCCAGCUUGCUGUGGAAAGCCUAAAUGGAACUGAGGUAGCAGGAUCCUGCAUUAAGGUCCAGAGACCGGUCACUGCAGCCAUGCUGGACUGUGAUGUGUUGAUAAAGGAACUAGAACUGGAUGUAGAAAACGAAGGUGUGAUUUAUGUGGCGGGUCUAAAGAAGUCAUUAACAGAGACAGACUUGCAAGAAGAAUUCAGCCAGUUGAAAGACCUGGAAACACUGUUCCUGCCAAAGGAUCUCCAGAGUGGAAAGCACAGGAACUGCUGUUUCCUCAAAUUCCAGAAGUCACAAAGUGCUGCAGAUGCCCUUGAAGUUUUAAAUGGAUGGACCGUGAAGGGCAGCAAACUAAGAAGUAGGAACGCUCUUGCUUCAGGUCACCUCUGGAGAUGGAUUUGGCAGAUGAAUCACAGCAAGAGGAAGGAAGGAGAAAACAUCUUAUAUGAGAAAAUGCAGCAACUCUCUGCCUGUGAGGAGGAUCUAAGGAAAAAGGUGAAGCAGUUGGACCACCAUAUCAAAAAGCUUUAUAGAAGGCUGCAGAAUAACACCCUGUGCAUUGUUCUCUUUCCUGGAGUAAACAGCACACAUGGAUCAGAACCUGGCCUUGGGCUGAUGGGAAUAAAAGAAGAUGGAGCGAGGCGUGCUUGUUAAGCUGCCAAGUUUUUAAGCAAAGUUUUGUUAAGAUAUUUUUAAUUACUUUAAAUAUUGAUGUCUUUGUAAAGAUCUCCUACCAUAAAAACAAUAGGCUUUCACUCUGUGUGUUUUACAAAGCCUAAAAAUAAAAGCUAUUCAAAACA